AUGGCGCAACCUAAUCUCAAUGAGACGAGCUCAUCAAAUUUUCACAUAGCCAUGUUCCCAUGGUUUGCAAUGGGACACUCCAUCCCUUUCCUUCACCUCUCUAACGAGCUCGCAGCAAGAGGCCAUAGAAUCUCUUUCUUGCUGCCCAAAAAAGCUCAAAUUCAGCUUCAACAUCUCAACCUCCACCCCCACCUCAUCGCCUUUUGUUCAGUCACUGUUCCUCACAUUGAAGGCCUCCCUGAAGGCACUGAGACUGCCUCUGACAUCCCAAUAUCUUUGACCCCCUUGCUAGCGACUGCCAUGGACCGCACUCGUCAGCAAAUACAAGGCUUCCUAGUAAGUUGUGGUGUCAAUGAUCGUAAAGUCGAUAUGAUUUUCUAUGACUUUGCUCAUUGGGUACCAGAAAUUACAAGAGGGCUUGGAAUUAAGUGCUUUUGCUACGGCGUUGCUUGUGCUGCGAUAACUGCGAUGAUUAUUGUGCCGGCACGAAACAUGCCCAAAGACAGGCCUGUGACUGAGGAAGAUCUACGGGACCCACCUCCUGGGUACCCAUCAUCGACUGUGGUAAUGCUUCCUGGUCGCGAAGUCCAGUCCUUGAUGUUCAGUACGAUGCCGUACGGAGAUGGGAUCAAUUUUUAUGAGCGGCUCACGACCGCUGUGAAAGGAUGUGAUGCGUUUUGCAUCAGAACAUGCAGAGAAGUCGAAGGGGUGUUUUGCGAUUACCUGGAAGCACAGUACAAAAAGCCUGUCCUUUUAACUGGCCCUGUUUUGGGCGUGAUGGACUCUAAUAAUAAGAACAACAAGAAGAGUGAACAAUUAGAAGACAUCUGGGCUAAUUGGUUUUCUGGGUUUGAACCAGAAUCUGUGGUGUUUUCUCUAAAACCACCUGUGGGUUGUGCUACGAUUGAAGAGGCAUUGCCACAAGGGUUUGAAGAGAGAGUUAAAGGGAGAGGGGUGGUGUUUGGUGGUUGGGUGCAGCAGACAUUGAUUUUGAGCCACCCAUCAGUUGGGUGCUUUGUGAGCCAUUGUGGCUUUGGGGCAUUGUGGGAGUCUUUGGUGACUAACAAUCAGAUUGUGCUGGUUCCACACGGUGCUGACCAUAUAUUAAACACCAAGAUACUGGUUAAAGAUCUCAAAGUUGCUGUGGAGGUAGAGAGAGAAGAAAAUGGAUGGUUUUCGAAAGAGAGCUUGAGCAAAGCCAUUACAACCGUUAUGGAUAAGGACAAUGAAGUGGGUGUUAUGGUGAAGAAGAACCAUGCAAAGUGGAGGGAAACACUAUCAACUCCCGGGUUUAUGGAUGGCUAUAUUGAUAGGUUUGUUCAGAAGCUGAAAGAGCUUGUAAGUUAA